AUGUCAGCAGUGUCCGACAAGAAAGAAGUUUCCCAGAGACGAUGCGAUUGGUCCUUAGCUCGAUGUCGAAGAUACUUGUUGUAUGCCAUUGUGCUGUGCAUAAACCUGGGUGUCCUGUAUCGGUCCGGCCUCGUGUUGUCAACUUUCCAUGUCGAUUUUCUGAAUCAAACCCCCGCGACAGCGACCAGUGAAGAUGCAAGACAGCUCCUCUCCGACGAAAAUCCUCCUUUACAAGAGCGCACAAACAAUGCCACCAACACAACAAUCCAUACUGUUUCAUUGGAGCACAAUGAUUCCUACAUCCAACCGACGACGGCACUGAAUCAACGCAAUACAACCAAUUCCACAGAUUCUGACGCCGGCAACUCGUCCUCCCAGAUUUUAUUUCAACAGACAAGUCGCGCAAUACUUCGGCGACCAACAAAAGACGAAGUUUCCACCAAUCUUCCCAUGCAUCGAGUGGAGGAUAAGCAGAAUCAAAAUCGAACAGCGAUUGUCUUGGUGGUGCAUUACCUCACGGACUGUGGUGCUGCAAGGCUGAAACAUUUGCUGCAAACGGCAAAAUCUAGAGAUCAUCAUGAAAGAAAUUCAACAAUACUGACACCCCAAAAUGCUCCCAGAGAUGUGUGGGUCAUGCAUCAUCACUCUUCCAUGAAAGAAUCCAAUCCACUCCGUCAAAAAAGUGCCCUUCUCUUCAAGCAAGUAAGAGCAUUUGCCAAAACAGACCUAGGGAUGGAUCUGCACUUCGCUCAACAAUUCUCAAAACGAUGGGACCGCUUUGACAGUCCACGGUCCGGGGCCGGAAAAUCCUCCUUUUUGAAAUUUAUUGCCGAAUACAACUACGGCUGGGGGUGGCACAUUGAAGAUGAUGUCUUUUAUACGGGACCAUGGCACCAAGUCUUUGAUACCGAACCACCCGCCGCUUCCCACAACAGUACUACUACUAAUUUCGAUGUGCUCGCCACGGGAAACAAAGCCCCGAAGGAUUGGCCCCAUUUCGUUGCGCUGUGCUAUGUUCGGGUGCCCGAAACCAUCAAAUGGUACGAUUCCGAAUUCUCCGCACAACCCAGGCAACGGCGACGCAAACGGUGCCACGAAAUUGAACCAUCCAUGGCACGGUGGGGAAUCAUUCGAGUAUCGCUGCGAUUUGCCAAGACGUUGGUCGAGCGCGUGCCGAAACAAUGGAUCUUGGGACAUCACGAAGCCGUCGUGGCGGCCGUUUGCAAGGUUUAUCUACUAGACUGCUCCUUGGAUGGAUUGACCCCGAGAAUUGGUAGGAUUGUCAAUGCUGGAUGGGGAGAUUGGAGGGAUCCAACAACACAGUAUCUGGAUCGUCAUGCUCCGAUCCGGCCACAAGCGUUGUACCAUCCCGUCAAGUGUGCCGCGUAUUCACCCGAGAAUAUCACCAAGAUAUUGGAGUACACGGUGGAGUAA